GAUGAAGAAAUGAUUUCAGAUUAAAAUAUUCUUCACCCGGUGACAGUUUCCGAAAUGCUGCAAUUGUAAUUUCUCACUGAAGUUGUAAACUUGUUCCGGAAGCUGCCAUCCUCUUCCUUUCUGUAAACGGUCAAAGGUGAGACAUCGCAAAGUUUUCUCAACAGAAAUCGCGUCGCUUUCAAGUGCCGUUUAAUUCCAUCUUGGGGAAAGUUUACCCGAGGGAGCUGCUCCAGUCACAUCCAGCCGACGGCGAAUUAGUCCGAGACUCUGCGAUGGACGGUGCCGAUGGAUACAGAAAGGAAGCUCUGUAUGAACUAUCACCAUCUCGGUGCUGCCUGAGCUGAAUGUGUUCAGCAGCGCAGGGACAUUGGAACUGAAAGGGGUUUGCAUCAGGAAGUGCUGAGGGCGGACAUGGAUUCCAGACAGCAGGUCCUGAGACUGACUGAGGAGGCAGUUUGUCCCAUUUGUCUGGAUUUCUUCACCGAUCCAGUUUCACUGGAUUGUGGACACAACUUCUGCCGCUCCUGUAUCACCCAGAGUUGGAAAAAGCAGGAGAUAAACUCCUGCCCGGAAUGUAGACAGGAGUUUCCGGACAGAUCCCUCAGAGGAAACCGGGCCUUAGCGAAUCUGGCCGAGAAAGCUCGAACAUUAAAUCUGAAUCCACAAGAGAAGGAAAGUAAACAUCAGUGUGAGGAACAUCAGGAAGAACUGAAACUGUUUUGUAAAACUGACAAGAAAUUGAUGUGUCUGGUUUGUAGAGAUUCCCGGGAACACAAAUCUCACAACUUCAUGCCGAUUAAAGAAGCUGUUGGAAUCUACAAGGAUCGGGUGAAAUCUUCCUUGGAAUCUCUCACAGGGAAGAAAUCAGCAGCUCUAGAAAUGGAGCAGCAGCAGAAACAGCAGAUUUCUCAAAUUCAGGAGGAAUCCAGCAGCCUGCAGACCCACAUCAAAUCCGAGUUCACUAAAAUGCACCAGAUGCUGACUGAGAAAGAGCAGAGUUUACUCCGAGAUCUCAGGGAACAAGAGGAAAACAUUCUCAAACCAAUGGAGGAACAUCUUCAAGAAAUUCAAGAGAAUUUAAAUUCUAUUCAGAACAAGCUCUCAAAGUUGGAGAAACAACUGCAACACACAGACGGAGUGAUAUUUCUGAAGGAGGAAGUAUCUCGGAGGAGGAGGAUUAACGAUACGAUUGAUAAUGUCCUGUCGACUGAAAAAUCCAACAUCCUUUUACCGUUUCCAAUGUGGACAGAAAUAGUGGAGGCCAUUAAACCGAAUAAAGGUCAGACCAGUUCCUUUGUGCUGAUUAUAAUUUAUAAUUUAAAUUGUUAUGUAUACAAAUAUCAAAGAGAGUAUAUUUAAGCACUCAAUCAUCCA